AUGUUGAUCUGUUAUUUAUUCGUUCUUUUCUUUUCUUUCAUGCGUGGUCUUCAGGAGGAACUUGACAAAAGCCAGCUGCAGCUUCUGCAAAACGCCUUCGAUGCUUUUGAUCAUGAGAAGAAGGGAGUCAUCAGCACGGACAUGAUUGGCACGAUCCUGGAAAUGUUAGGUCAUGAGUUGGAUGAAGACACCCUGAAAGAAAUCAUCACUGAAGUUGAUGUUAAUGGAACCGGUGAAUUACAGUUCUCAGAUUUCUGCGCGCUAGCUGCUAAAUUCUUACAAGAAGAGGAAGACGAUGAAGCUAUGUUAAAGGAAUUAAGAGAAGCUUUUAGGUUAUAUGAUAAGGAAGGAAACGGGUACAUCACGACAGACGUGUUAAAGGAAAUCUUCAAGGAGUUGGACAACACCAUUACAGCUGAAGACUUGGACACUAUGAUUGAUGAAAUUGAUUCUGACGGAUCAGGAACCGUGGACUUUGAUGAAUUCCUUGAAGUAAUGACAGGAGAAUAA